AUGCAACCGGGGCGUACUACGUUUAGAAUCGCACUCGUGAAGCGAAUUAAUAACGCGUCAGAAGCAAUAGAAUUCCUGUUGGCUCUAGAGCAAUUUGACCGUUGGGGCAACAAGCGCAUAGUACUAGAUUGCAACGCUAAAAACGCCAAAAGCAUAUUGGUCGAACAUGUACGAAAAGUGCAAUUGGGACGUAGAACCUAUCACUACAUGCUCAGCGGUCUGGCCGAGACUGCUUUAAUGUACGAUGGUGUGCAAGUCCUCAUGGAUGCUUUAGGAAGGCUGUGGAGAAAGAAACCUGAUGCCUUUAGAAGUGCCUUGAGGCGGGCUGCUGGUCAGGCAAACUCUACCAAGGUCAUUGAUUGUAAUCCCGGGAAAAGCUGGGUAGUCCCUUUUGAACAUGGUGACAAAAUUUCAAGACUUAUAAAGAAGACGGACAUCGAAGGCCUUACCGGAAACAUUUCAUUCAAUGAUGAGGGACACAGACACAAUUUCACAUUACACGUUGUGGAGAUGACCGUGCAGAGCGCUAUGCUAAAGGUGGCUACAUGGACCGAUGCACACGGUCUACAAAUAGCUACACCAAAAUACGUUCAGCUACGGUCACCAGCCUCAUAUGAAACUAACAGAACGUAUUUAAUGACAUCUAUUAUUCAAGAGCCAUACUUAAUGCUAAAACAAGGAGACUUCGGACAAAAAGAAGAAUUUUAUGGAUUCUGCAAGGAUUUAAUGGACAUCAUUUCAAAAAAAUUGGGGAUCAAAUAUGAGAUAAGAUUAUCGAAAGAAGGCAAAUAUGUAAACGACGCUACUCCGGAGAUUUAUACAGGAGUAAUCGGAGACAUUAUGAGAAAG